UUCCAGUCCAGCCUCUGGCUGCACAUAAACACACACACACACAUACUGGCGUUUGGUGGUGGGGCACGUGGACCUGACAACAAAAGGACGCACAGGUGGCCAGGAUAGGACCACCACUAGUGUCGGAGACCAGCUCACUGAACUGAACUAUUUUCUUCUUCCUUUUUGUGUGUCAUAUCUCCUGGGGACUAAGGCGGCAGUCACGCUGGAGGUGAACGUCACAGAAGCGUUAAUUGCUCACGUAGACAGCACGGCCGUACUUGUGAGCCUCGGCACCGCGAUGGAGACGGAGCAUUUCGACGAGCGCGACAAAGGUCAGCGAAACAGCCGGUCCAGCGCGAGGAUGAACGGCGUGCCGAGUCCGACGCACAGCGCGCACUGCAGCCUGUACCGGACCCGGACCCUGAAGACUCUCGCCACGGAGAAGAGGGCCAAGAAGGUUCGCUUCUACCGCAACGGAGACCGCUACUUCAACGGGAUAGUAUACGCCAUCUCCACGGACAGGUUCCGGACCUUUGACGCACUGCUGGCGGACCUGACCCGCUCCCUGUCCGACAAAGUCAACCUGCCGCAGGGCGUCCGGACCAUCUACACCCUGGAUGGCUGCAAGAAGAUCGCCAGCAUUGAGCAGCUGGUGGAAGGUGACAGCUAUGUGUGCAGCUCUAUUGAAGCUUACAAGAAGUUGGAUUACACAAAAAACGUGAACCCCAACUGGUCUGUGAACGUCAAGGCCUCGGCCGCGUCGUCCCGCGGGCCUCCGUCUCUGGGCAGCGCCAAGGCCGGCGCACCAGAGAGCCGCGAAAUCAAGGACUUCAUUCGUCCGAAGCUUGUGACGGUGGUGCGGAGCGGCGUGAAGCCCCGCAAAGCUGUGAGGAUCCUUCUGAACAAGAAGACGGCCCAUUCCUACGAACAAGUCCUGACCGACAUCACUGAAGCCAUCAAGCUGGACUCGGGAGUGGUGAAGAAGAUCUACACUCUGGAGGGUAAAAUGGUGUCGUGUCUGCAAGACUUCUUCGGCGACGAGGACGUUUUUGUGGCGUGUGGACCGGAGAAGUUCCGCUACCAGGACGACUUGAUGUUGGAUGAGAGUGGUGAGGCUACUAAGUGUCGUGUGAUGAAGUUGGUGAACUAUGGAAAGACGUCUGCCUCUCUGAGCCGAAGCUCUCCCAGGACCGCCAUCCAAUCAGGACGCAGCAAGUCCCCCGCAUCCGUGAACGGGGCGCCGGCCAGUCAGCUGUCCACUCCCCAUUCGGGAAAGUCUCCCAGCCCCUCUCCAACCAGCCCAGGGAGCCUGAGCCGACGUCAGGAGUCACAGGGUUCUUCUGCCUCUUUGUCGUCCACUAAAGUUUCCGGCUCAGCGGAGGAGAGCGAUGAAACUGUUACUGAAGCUGAAGUUCUAGUCGAUGAGGUUCCUGCCGUGCCGUCCUACAUAUCAGAUCGCUACAAGGUCGGACGCACAUUAGGCGACGGGAACUUUGCAGUCGUCCGAGAAUGUGUGGAGCACACCACGGGACGGGAGUACGCUCUGAAGAUCAUCAACAAGGGAAGAUGCAGAGGCAAGGAGCACAUGAUCCAGAACGAGGUGGCCAUCCUCCGGAGGGUCAAGCAUCCAAACAUUGUUCUGCUCAUCGAGGAAGUGGACACUUACAGCGAACUCUACCUGGUCAUGGAGCUGGUCAAGGGGGGGGAUCUGUUCGAUGCGAUCACCUCUGCCAAUCGAUACACCGAGAGAGACGCUAGCGGCAUGCUGUACAAUCUGGCCAACGCAAUCAAAUACCUCCACUGCCUCAACAUUGUGCACAGAGACAUCAAACCAGAAAACCUGCUGGUGUACGAGCAUGGGGACGGCAGCAAAAGUCUGAAACUUGGAGACUUUGGUUUGGCAACUGUGGUGGACGGUCCCCUCUACACUGUCUGCGGGACCCCGACAUAUGUAGCACCUGAAAUCAUCUCAGAAACAGGGUAUGGCCUUAAGGUGGACAUCUGGGCAGCUGGAGUCAUCACCUACAUCCUGCUGUGUGGUUUCCCACCCUUUCGAGGGAGCAGUGACGAUCAGGAAGUGCUUUUUGAUCAGAUACUAAUGGGACAGCUGGAAUUCCCCCUACCGUACUGGGACAACGUGUCAGAGACAGCCAAGGAGCUGAUUCGAUCCAUGCUGGAGGUGGAGGUGGAUCAGAGGUUUACUGCCCUGCAGGUGCUGGAGCACCCUUGGGUCACCGACGACGGUCUGUGUGAGAACGAUCAUCAGUUGUCAGUAGCAGGGAAGAUAAAGAAGCACUUCAACACGAGUCCGAAAGGCAACGACACCACUGCAGGAGUGUCGGUCAUUUCCUUGGACGACAGCUUUUCUAUGCAGAGAUCUGGGUCGUUGGAUUUCUACCAGCACCCGGCCAUGUACUGGACAAGGCCCCCCCUCUUGAUAAGGAGGGGCAGGUUCUCAGAUGAGGACGCUACACGAAUGUGAAGCCACUGCUUGGAAUGCUGACGGUGACAACGGCAACAACGUCAACAACAAAAACACUGCGGGGGUCCUCCCUGUUGCCUCCCUGGCCUGCCCGUGGCCCCUCCCUCUCUGACCCCUGACCCUUUCCCCCGAACCCCAGCCUCCCAUCCUGAAUCUGAGGACAUCUGCAUCAGCUCAGCCACUAUCAUAUAGUCCCCCAACUCGCCCUUCGAGAGAUGCAGAGGAGGAGGAGCAAAGAGGUAAAAUAGAGGAAAUACUCCCCCAGCUCCUCUCUCUUUAUGUAGGAGGAGGGGGGAAGGAGGAGGAGGAGGAGGAAGAGGAGGAGAUAUCAGCAUCAGCAUCCCCAGUCUCUUUUCUAUAGAGAUAACAGGGUAAAAUCGUGGACAAGAAACAGAGACCACGAAGAAGAGGGAUACAGUAGAUUGAGGCAAACUACUUUUCUUCUUUUCAACAAUCUCUCAUCUGAGCACAUGUCGAAGAGCUCAAGGAGUGAGAAAGGGGCGACAGCAUCGUUUAUCCUUCUGUGAUGAUCUGGGCUCAACAUGGAUGCUUCCUUAUGAUGAAGCAGCUCCACAAGGCAAUAUGAGAAUACGGACCAAUGUUCAUGUUUUAUUGAACCUUAUCUAUCUAUUAUUUAGUCACUGCAUUUUUGUAAUACGUCUUUCCCUUUUGCAUAAAGAAUAUGUCUUCGUUGGGUUGUCCUAAGAGCUUAGAGGAACAUAAGUAAUCGAAAAGUGUGUAGAAGUAGAGUUCAGAAUGUUGAAGUAUUCCAACACAGGUUAAUGUCAGUAAUUGAGUGUAAAGGAGGAGUAUAUUUCUUACAAAUGUGUUAAAUACAGUGUUCAGAUACAUGGUCAAGUACCGCUAUAAUUCUGUUUAGCACACAGUAUUGGGGUUGCCUUCCUGUAACGUUGGAUCGCAGUUUUACAGUUUACACACACACGUACAUUUCACAAAGACUGCAAUUAAGACAAUAACAGUGCAUUUAAUCCCCCAUUGUAAUUGUGUUAACUGCUUCAUACGUGACAUCUUGAUACACACAGUUCAGCCGCAUUUGGGUGCUUGUGUAGCAAAGUCAACACUUUGUCUCCAUGCGCACAGUUUCACUGAAUUUAUAUCAUGCUGAUCUUGAUAUUUUGUAAUGCUCACGCACACAUAGGAAGGUUUGCGUUUUUUUCAGACGUAAACACCAACGACAUAUUUCAUCCAAAUAUUCCAGCACCUAAAACAGGUAUAAUUGUUCCAGCCCAAGUGGACACUUUGUAUGGGUUACGAGGACUAUUGUAGGUGGUAAAUAGAUAUAUUUAGCAGUUUAUGAGGGCUGCCUAUUUGCACAAACUACUGGAGUCUAGGUGCAGGCCAAAUAAGAAAGAAGAACCAGCAGCACUCCUGGAAAGCAGUACAGUCAAAAGGAUGCGAGAGGAUAAAGUUCAGCUCUGUACAACCUCAUUCAUGACUUAAUUUAUUCAGAUGAAAGCAUGACAGACAUACAGUAGCCUUUUCUUGAAUACAAAAUGGUUGUGUGAUGAAGUAUUGUUUAUAUGUUAUGUAAAUAACAUAAUUUGAUUUAUUUUGAUAGUUCACAAUACAGUAUAUUUAUUUACUAGUAAUGACUCAAUGAAAAAUGUAAAAAGAAAAAAAAAAAAAAAAGAAGAAAAAAGACAACAUUCAUACAUGUCUGUCAGUCAUAGAAAUAACCUAGACGAUAUCAUCGGGUCGAAACCAUAUAAAUGAUCUGAAAAAAACAUUGGUUGAAAAACAUUUCAACCUGAUGUCCCACUUGUACACUGGGAUCGAUGUCACUUCCUUUGUAACAGCAACCAAAAGGGGAACUCUGGUAAUUGGUGUGAGAUCAAGAGGACGGACACGGAAAGCCAGAGAAGAAUUGAAAAGAAAAGUGAUUUCUUUUGAAUUCUCAGGGCUGAUCUACUAUGGCUACACAGGUCUGUAGUAAUUCUCAUCAUAAGUCAUAUACAGUAAUGUGCUGACCAGAUCAGUAUGAAUUUGUCAAGCUGUUAAAGUCCACUCACUCCGACUCAUGCGGUUUACCAAAGUGCUCUGACAGCUGCACUAUAGUAUUAGACUAUUUUGCAAUACCAAUACCUGUACCUCUGUUCAACAAUGGUGUAUUAAUAAUAAUAGUAAUAAUAAAAAUUGGUUUCAAAAACACA